UACCAACAUAUACAUAUUACGUUGACGAAGUACACGCAAAGACAAUAAGGUUACUGUUACUGUUGGCGUCAUUUUAAUGACAUUUGAAGUAUUUAUUAUUAUUGUAUUAUAUAUUGUACAUUAAUAUUGAAGUACUAAAUUCUCCAAUUCAAACAACUAUCAUCUUAAAUUGAAAAUUUCGUAUCAACUACAUUAUUAGAAUGAACAAACAAAUAUUUCUUGUUGUAUUAUUUACUAUACUUGUUAAUAAAGGAGAAACCUUAUACUGCUACAGAUGUAAUAGUAAUCAACCUGGGUGUGGCACUCCUUUAAAUUGGCUGUGGUACUGGGGAGAAACUUGCCCAGAAUAUGAUGAUAAAUGUAUAAAAAUUAUUGAAAGAAGAGGAGCCAAUACCAUGAUAACACGUGAUUGUUUAAGUUCUGUACGUAACUUCAGAACAGAUAUUCCAGCUGAUCGAUAUGAAGGUUGUCGACCAGCUGCAAAAGAUGUUCGAUUAGGACACUAUGUAAAUAAUUCUAUUUGGCAAUUAGAUAUUCAUAGAGACUAUUAUGAUGAAGUAACAUGGUGUUUCUGCUACUUUGAUCAUAGAUGUAAUGAUGCAGAUAAUGUUACUAUAUCAAUAUUACUAUUAUUUAUCAGUAUUGCAAUACAUCAGUUUGCAACAUGAAACAUUUAUUUUAUAUUAAAUGCUCAUAGCAUAAAUUUAUCAGUUCUUUUUUGACAAAAAUUAAGUAUAUUUACAUUUGUAUACAGUAAAUUUAAGUAGAUUAUUUUUGUAUAUAAUGUAAAUAACCAUUUAAAUAUGAGAAGUUAUUUUACAUAGAAUUAUUUUUACAUAGAAAAUGACAUAAAAUGCUGUUAUAAGAAUGCAAUCAAUAAGAACAAAUAUUUACAUAUAUUAAUAUGUAAUAAGAUUCCGUCCGUAAUAUGUAAUUUUAAAGACUUAAUAUUUCCGUCCAUUUUUAAAGGAAAUUAUUUGUUGUAUUUAUGUAAUGUUUCUGUCCAUUUUUGAAAAAAAAAA